AUGGCCCCUCCGUUCUUCCCCCCGGCCUCGGGCCGCGUCUUCGACAGCGAGGCCGCCGAGAAAAUGGUCAGCCUCGAGCUCCAGGACGGCUCCGUGUACCAGGGCUACAGCUUCGGCGCCGACAAGAGCAUCGCCGGCGAGCUGGUCUUCCAGACCGGCAUGGUCGGCUACCCCGAGUCGCUGACCGACCCCUCGUACCGCGGCCAGAUCCUGGUCCUGACCUUCCCCCUCAUCGGCAACUACGGCGUGCCCUCGCGCGCCGCCCUCGACGCCCUGCUGGCCGACCUGCUGCCCGCCCACUUUGAGUCGUCGCAGAUCCACGUCGCCGGCCUCGUCACCGCCUCGUACGCCGGCGAGGACUUUUCCCACUUCCUGGCCGAGUCGUCCCUCGGCGCCUGGCUCAAGGAGCAGGGCGUGCCCGCCAUGCACGCCGUCGACACCCGCGAGCUGACCAAGCACAUUCGCGAGUCCGGCAGCAUGCUGGGCCGCAUGCUUCUCGAGAAGGACGGCGGUCUGUCCAGCGGGGCCGGAGCCACCGGAGCCACCGGGGCCACCGGGGCCAAUGGGGCGACCUCGGCCCUCUCGUCGGCCAUCUCGUCGACCCUCUCGUCGAUUGUCUCCUCGCCCGAGGUCGGCACCACCAACGGCACCACCACCACCACCACUUCCACCGCGACGACGCCCGCCGACGACGACGUCGUCAUCGACCGCUCCCUCCUCGCGCCGUACACCGCCGCCAACUGGCGCCCCCACUUUGAGGCCGUCGACUGGCUCAACCCCAACGCAAAGAACCUGGUCGCCGACGUCUCCAUCCGCGCGCCCAAGCUGUUCCGGCCCCCCGCCGACAAGGCCCUCAAGCACCCCUCCGGCCGCACCCUGCGCAUCCUGUGUCUCGACGUCGGCAUGAAGUACAACCAGCUGCGCUGCUUCCUCAAGCGCGGCGUCGAGGUCCUCGUCGUCCCGUACGACUACGACGUCGCCCGCGCCGCCGCCGCCCACGAGUACGACGGCCUCUUUUUGUCCAACGGCCCCGGCGAUCCCGCCACCCUCGACGCCACCGUCCGCAACAUUGCCGGCGUCCUCGCCAAGAACCAGACCCCCGUCUUUGGCAUCUGCCUCGGCCACCAGCUGCUCGCCCGCGCCACCGGCGCCACCACCACCAAGAUGAAGUUUGGCAACCGCGGCCAGAACAUCCCCUGCACCUCCCUCGUCACCGGCCGCUGCCACAUCACCUCGCAGAACCACGGCUACGCCGUCGACGCCGCCAGCCUCGCCGACGGCUGGCAGGAGCUGUUUGUCAACGCCAACGACGGCUCCAACGAGGGCAUCAUGCACACCAGCCGCCCCUACUUCUCCGUCCAGUUCCACCCCGAGAGCACGCCCGGCCCGCGCGACACCGAGUUCUUGUUUGACGUGUUCCUGGCCGCCGUCCAGGCCUGCGCCGUCGACCCCGCCCACCUGGCGCGGCCCGUCCGCUUCCCCGGCGGCACCGCCGCCGAGAACGACCGCCUGCACCCGCGCGUGCACGUCAAGAAGGUCCUCGUGCUCGGCUCCGGCGGCCUGAGCAUCGGCCAGGCCGGCGAGUUUGACUACUCCGGCUCGCAGGCCAUCAAGGCCCUCAAGGAGGAGGGCAUCUACACCGUCCUCAUCAACCCCAACAUCGCCACCAUCCAGACCUCCAAGGGCCUGGCCGACAAGGUCUUCUUUUUGCCCGUCAACGCCGAGUUUGUGCGCAAGGUCAUUGUGUACGAGCGCCCCGACGCCAUCUACUGCACCUUUGGCGGCCAGACCGCCCUGCAGGUCGGCAUCCAGCUCAAGGACGAGCUGGCCGGCCUCGGCGUCCAGGUCCUCGGCACACCCAUCGACACCAUCAUCACCACCGAGGACCGCGAGCUGUUUGCCCGCAGCAUGGAGUCCAUUGGCGAGAAGUGCGCCAAGUCCGCCUCGGCCAACACCGUCGAGGAGGCCCUGCACGUCGUCAAGGACAUUGGCUUCCCCGUCAUCGUCCGCGCCGCCUACGCCCUCGGCGGCCUCGGCAGCGGCUUCGCCAACAACGAGGACGAGCUGCUCGCGCUCUGCCACAAGGCCUUUGCCGCCUCGCCCCAGGUGCUCAUCGAGCGCUCCAUGAAGGGCUGGAAGGAGAUUGAGUACGAGGUCGUGCGCGACGCCCAGGACAACUGCAUCACCGUCUGCAACAUGGAGAACUUUGACCCCCUCGGCAUCCACACCGGCGACUCCAUCGUCGUCGCCCCCUCGCAGACCCUGAGCGACGAGGACUACAACAUGCUGCGCACCACCGCCGUCAACGUCAUCCGCCACCUCGGCGUCGUCGGCGAGUGCAACAUCCAGUACGCCCUCAACCCCUUCUCGCGCGAGUACUGCAUCAUCGAGGUCAACGCCCGCCUGUCGCGCUCGUCCGCCCUCGCCUCCAAGGCCACCGGCUACCCGCUCGCCUUUGUCGCCGCCAAGCUGGGCCUGGGCAUCCCGCUCAAGGACAUCAAGAACUCCGUCACCCAGGUCACCUGCGCCUGCUUCGAGCCCUCGCUCGACUAUGUCGUCGUCAAGAUGCCCCGCUGGGACCUCAAGAAGUUUACGCGCGUGUCCACGCAGCUCGGCUCGUCCAUGAAGUCCAUUGGCGAGGUCAUGUCCAUUGGCCGCACCUUUGAGGAGGCCAUCCAGACCGCCAUCCGCGCCAUCGACUUCCACAACCUCGGCUUCUCCGAGACCAAGGGCGCCCUCAUCGCCAUCGACGACGAGCUGCAGACGCCCUCGGACCAGCGCCUCUUUGCCCUUGCCAACGCCAUGGCCGCCGGCUACUCCGUCGACAAGAUCUGGGAGCUCACCAAGAUCGACCGCUGGUUCCUCAACAAGCUCAAGGGCCUCUCCGACUUUGCCCGCCGCAUGACCGCCCUGACCACCGGCGACAUCGUCAAGCGCCCCGACCUGCUGCUCCGCGCCAAGCGCCUCGGCUUCUCCGACCGCCAGCUCGCCCUCUUCUGGAGCUCCAACGAGAUUGCCGUCCGCCGCCUCCGCCUCGAGGCCGGCAUCCACCCCUGGGUCAAGCAGAUCGAUACCGUCGCCGCCGAGUUCCCGGCCUUUACCAACUACCUGUACCUGACGUACAGCGCCUCCACGCACGACCUGACCUUUGACGACAAGGGCGUCAUGGUCCUGGGCUCCGGUGUCUACCGCAUCGGCUCGUCCGUCGAGUUCGAUUGGUGCUCGGUGCGCGCCAUUCGCACGCUGCGUGCUGCUGGUUUGAAGACCAUCAUGGUUAAUACGAACCCGGAAACUCUGUCCACCGAUUACGAUGAAGCGGACCGACUUUACUUUACAAACAUCGACCUCGAGACGGUCAUGGACAUCUACGAGCUGGAGCAGUCGGCCGGCAUUCUGGGUGCCAUGAGUGGCCAGACACCCAACAUGAUCGCCCUGCCCCUGCUCCGCGCCGGCGCCAAGGUGCUGGGCACGUCCCCCGAGAUGAUCGACACGGCCGAGAACCGGUACAAGUUCUCGCGCAUGCUGGACCGCAUCGACGUGGACCAGCCGACGUGGAAGGAGCUGACGUCGUUUGAGGACGCCAAGGCGUUCUGCGACAAGGUGUCGUACCCGGUGCUGGUGCGGCCCUCGUACGUGCUGUCGGGCGCGGCGAUGAACACGGUGUACUCGGAGGCGGACCUGGCGUCGUACCUCCAGCAGGCGGCCGAAGUGUCGCGCGAGCACCCGGUGGUGAUCACCAAGUACAUUGAGAACGCCAAGGAGAUUGAGAUGGACGCCGUGGCCAAGGACGGCGUGCUGGUGGGCCACUUCAUCUCGGAGCACGUCGAGAACGCCGGCGUGCACUCGGGCGACGCGACGCUGAUCCAGCCGCCGCAGGACCUGGAGCGCACGACCAUCAAGCGCAUCGAGGAGGCCACGCGCAAGAUUGGCGCCGCGCUCAACAUCACGGGCCCCUUCAACAUCCAGUUCAUUGCCAAAGACAACGACAUCAAGGUCAUUGAGUGCAACGUGCGCGCGUCGCGCUCCUUCCCCUUCGUGUCCAAGGUGACGGGCGUCGACCUGAUCGAGAUGGCCACGCGCGCCAUCAUGAACCUGCCCUUUGAGGAGUACCCGCCGCUCGAGCUGGCGCCCGGCACCGUGGGUGUCAAGGUGCCGCAGUUCUCCUUCUCGCGGCUGUCGGGCGCGGACCCGAUCCUGGGCGUCGAGAUGGCGUCGACGGGCGAGGUGGCGUGCUUUGGCGCGGACAAGUAUGAGGCGUACCUCAAGGCGCUGGUGUCGACGGGCUUCAAGAUGCCGCGCAACAACGUGCUGCUGUCCAUCGGCUCGUACAAGGACAAGAAGGAGAUGCUGCCGUCGGUGGCCAAGCUGCAGCAGCUGGGCUACAAGCUGUUUGCGACGGCCGGCACCGCGGACUACCUGCAGGAGCACGGCAUCCCGGUGCAGUACCUCGAGGCGUUUGGCAAGGAGGACGACAACAGCGGCGACGAGGCGUCGUCGUCCAAGGCGCAAAAGGGCGAGUUCUCGCUGACGCAGCACCUGGCCAAGAACAUGAUCGACCUCUACAUCAACCUGCCGUCGAACAACAAGUACCGCCGGCCGGCCAACUUUAUGAGCAAGGGCUACCGCACGCGGCGCAUGGCCGUCGACUACCAGAUCCCGCUGGUGACCAACGUCAAGAACGCCAAGAUCCUCAUCGAGGCCAUGGCCCGCCACUACGACCUCGAGGUCAACAUCCGCGACUACACCACCAGCCACCGCACCGUCGUGCUGCCCGGCCUCGUCAACGUCGCAGGGUUCGUGCCCGGUCUCGUGGCCGCCGGCGGCAGCACCGACCUGCAGGCGGUGACGAAGGCGUCGAUUGCCGCCGGCUUCAGCAUGGUGCGCGUGAUGCCGCUGGGCGUGGACGGCGCGAUCACGGACGUGCGCACGCUCAAGCUGGCGCAGCAGAACGGGCGGCGCGCCAGCGCGUACUGCGACUUCAACCUGUCGGUGACGGCGACGUCGACCAACGCCAGCCAGAUCAGCCAGGUGGUGUCGGAGGUGGGCUCGCUCUUCAUCCCCUUCAACCACCUGUCGGACAACAUCAGCAAGGUGGCGGCGGUGACGGCGCACUUUGAGGCGUGGCCGACGCACAAGCCGAUUGUGACGGACGCCAAGACGACGGACCUGGCGUCGCUGCUGCUGCUGGCCAGCCUGCACAACCGCCGGAUCCACGUGACCAACGUGACGUCGCGCGACGACGUGCGCCUCAUUGCGCUCAGCAAGGAGAAGGGCCUGCAGGUGACGUGCGACGUGUCCGUCUACGCGCUGUACCUGUCGCAGACCGACUACCCGGGCUGCACGCUGCUGCCGACGGCCGACGACCAGGCGGCGCUGUGGGAGCACAUUGCCGUGAUAGACGUGUUCUCGGUCGGCAGCUUGCCGUACCAGCUGGCGCACUGGCUGCAGAGCCCGUCGGCUGGUGGUGGUGGUAGCGGUGACGACGUCCAGGUCGACGUCGCUGCCGGCAUCUCCGACGCCCUGCCGCUGCUGUUCACGUCCGUCGCCGAGGGCCGCCUGACGCUCGACGACCUGCGCGCGCGCCUGCACGACAACCCGGUGCGCAUCUUUGAGCUGCACGACCAGGUCGGCACGGCCGUCGAGAUCGAGCUCAACCGCCCCUACACGGUCCCCGCCACCAGCGCGUCGCCGUUUGCCGGCCGCACCAUGCGCAGCGCCGUGCAGCGCGUGACGUUCCAGGACGUGGCCGUCUGCCUCGACGGCGAGGUGCUGCCGCUGCCGGGCCACGGCAAGGACAUGUCGACGCACAACGCCAUGCCGGCGGUGCCGCAGACGCCCGUGUCGCCCCUGAUCAAGGCGCAGCAGCAACAGCAACAGCAGCAGCAGCAGCAGCAGCAGACCGAGACGACCCCCGACAGCCCGCAUGGCAGUGGUCGUCGCCAGUCGGCGCUGCUCUCGAGCGCGCUGCGCACGCGCGUGGGCCUCGACACCUCGGCGGGUGGCGGCACUCUGUCGUCGUCGUCGGCGGCGUCGGGCGGGCUGCUUGGCAGCGCCGCGGUCACGCCCUCGGCGGGCGCCCUGGCCGCCGUGAACGAGGACGCGGCCUACGCGCUGCUUCCCGCACCCGCGACGACGUCGCUGGCCGUGCGCUCGGCGCUGCCGUCGCUGCUGUCGCAGCCGUCGUCGUUCAAGAACAAGCCGGUGCUGUCGGUACUCGACUACGAGCGCGCGGACCUGCACCUGCUCUUCACGGUGGCGCAGGAGAUGCGGCUCGGCGUGCAGCGCGAGGGCGUGCUGGACGUGCUGCGGGGCCGGGUGCUGUGCACGCUCUUCUACGAGCCGUCGACGCGCACGUCGGCGUCGUUUGACGCGGCCAUGCAGCGGCUCGGCGGCCGCACGGUGGCCGUGGCGACGUCGCACUCGUCGGUGCAAAAGGGCGAGUCGCUGCAGGACACGCUGCGCACGCUGGGCCAGUACGGCGACGCCGUGGUGCUGCGGCACCCCGACGAGCGCAGCGUCGACGUGGCGCGGCGGUUCAGCCCCGUGCCCGUCAUCAACGGCGGCAACGGCAGCCGCGAGCACCCGACGCAGGCGUUCCUGGACCUGUUUACGAUCCGCGAGGAGCUCGGCACCGUGCAAGGGCUGACGAUUACGUUCCUGGGCGACCUGCGCUACGGCCGCCCCGUGCACUCGCUGGUGCACCUGCUGCGGCACUACCACGUGCAGGUGCAGCUGGUCAGCCCGGCCGGCCUGGAGCUGCCGGCGGUGCUGCGCGACGAGCUCAAGGCGCGCGGCCAGCUGCUGCGCGAGGCGCAGGCGCUGACGCCGGAGAUUGUGGCGCGCAGCGACGUGCUGUACUGCACGCGCGUGCAAAAGGAGCGGUUCCCGAGCGAGGCGGCCUACGAGCAGGUCAAGAACGCGUACCGCGUGGACAAUGCGACGCUCAAGCACGCCAAGAGCAACAUGAUUGUGCUGCACCCGCUGCCGCGCAACGAGGAGAUUGCUGAGGAGGUCGACUUUGACCAGCGGGCGGCCUACUUCCGGCAGCCGGUCAUACACGAACCGGUCGUGCAGCCGGUUCUGCCGGCCCUGCCAGAACUCGACCCGCUCCGGCACAAUGCGCAGGCCGCCCCAGAACUCGGGGACUGGGAUCGGCGGGUCGUUUUCCUCGUUGUCUUCGUUGUCGGCGUCGCCCUUGCCGAACCGCUGCUCCGCCUCGGCCACCCACUCUUCCAGCUGCGCGCGCCCGUCGUCCUCCGGAUCUGCCUCGCCCUUGGGCACCAGCGUCGCCGACUGCCGCGACGCCCACGCGCCAAUGCGCGACCCCCGCACGCGCGUGUCAAAGUAGACCUGCGACUCGGCGGCGGACAGCCGGGUCGCGCGGCCCUCGACGCGCACCUGCCGCUCCUGCGCCUCCCACCAAAACGUGAGCGAGGCCCAUGGGUUGCUCGCGAGGUCGUCGGCCUUGCGCGACGUGCCAAAGUUGCUGUACAGGACAAAGCCCUGGUGGUCCAGCUCCUUGAGGUAGACCAUGCGCGCGCUCACGCGGCCCGACGGCAGGCUCGCCGUCGACAGCGUGCACGUCUCGGGGUGCGCAAUGCCGCCGAGCGCCUUGGCCUCGGCAAACCACGCGUGGAACUGCGCAAUGGGCGACGCGGCGUCGAGGUCGCGCCGCCGCAGGCCGCCGCGGUGCUCGUGCUGCAAGAACUGGCCCGCGCGGCCGGGCGUCGACGUGCCCGACGAGUCACCGGUGGUGGGGACGCCGGCGGCCACCCUGGCCGUGUGGGCGGCGGCGCGGGCGGCAAUGGCUGCCUGGCCGGCCGGGGAGGACAGCGGCGUUACAUGGACGUGACCAAGUCGGGUGAGGGCCCGCGGCGAGGCUCGCGGGAACGGCACGUACAGAUCAGUUUCUCGUUCUUGGACGAGCCGGCCACAGGCGGGGCGGGCGACGGUGGAUAG